AUGGCUGCGCUCAGACCACUCGGGAAGCCCAAGAUCAUCAAAAAGUGGACCAAGAAGUUUAUCCGGUACCAGUCAGACCGAUAUUUCAAAAUUAAGCGUAACUGGCAGAAACCCAGAGGCAUUGACAACAGGGUGCGCAGAAGAUUCAAGGGCCAGAUCUUGAUGCCCAACAUUGGUUAUGGGAGUAACAAGAAAACAAAGCACAUGCUGCCCAGUGGCUUUUGGAAGUUCCUGGUACACAGUGUCAAGGAGCUUGAAAUGCUGCUGAUAUGCAACAAAUCUCACUGGGCUGAGAUUGCUCAGAACUGCAAAGCUAUUGUGGAAAGAGCAGCCCAGUUGGCCUUCAGUCAGCAAUCCCAAAGCCUGGCUGCGCAGUGA